GACACGAAAAGUGGAAUAGCUCGAGAUAAGAAAACAAAAUGGAGAUGAUUUUGAUAUUGUUGGUUUGUCUUUGCCAAGCCUUUGCCUUGUGUCCUAAUGGAUUUAUCCGACACGAUGAUUCCUGCUACCACAUUCUCAGAAUCAAGUCUACGUGGGCUGAGGGCAGGAUGUAUUGCCAUGCUUAUGGAACCAAAUUGGUCAGCAUCGAAACCCAGGAAGAAAACGCAUUUCUUGUACAUUAUCUGAAAAGUGUCCAUGGACAGUUCCAUUCGCCGAGAUUUUGGAUAGGAGCCACGGACAUUGCAGAAACUGGUACCUUUGUAUGGGAAGGGACUCAGGUGCGCCUGGACGCAAUGUUCACCAAUUAUCGUGGCGGAUCUCCAGAUAACGGGGGCGACGAUUCUGAUGAGCACUGUAUGGAAAUGUCUGAUCAGUACAACUAUGAGUGGAAUGACAACCAGUGUGACAGUAAAUUUUAUCCCAUCUGCGAGAAAAGUGCAAAAGAGACAGCCAUGAUAAUUGGAUAAUAAAGUUUGCUUUAAAAGUUGAA